GUUCGGCUUCACAGAUUUGAUGCACACUGUGUUGCUUUUAAUACAAGUAGAUGGUUCCACACCGUCGGAUCAGAUCAUGAAAAGUUUGAUGUUUUGGAAGCUUUUACAUGUCAAGCUACUUCAUUCUGUUCUCAGAAACAAGCAUGGUUCUUCUCCUCAUUCCGCAGGUUCCUCUUCUAUGAAAGGCUUCAUCUCUUGGCGUUGGAGUUCCUCGAAUCCACUGACCUCCCAUCUCCUCGAGGACCCAUCUCCAGAAAACAGUGCUUUUGUUUGAUCCCAAGUCAUUUUAAGAGUUCUGAAAGGAUCCACUGCAUUGUCAGUGUAGAAAACAUUAGCUCCUUGUGAGUUUUGUUUGAAUGACUUGAUGGUGAAGCACCGAAUCUGAUCGGUUCUUUGUGUUUUCCUUCUGAAGUCUGCAAAGCUGAUGGCUUUCAUGGAAGAUGUUCCUGUUUGUAAAUAUGCUUUUCUUACACUGGUUGGCUUAAAGUUUUGACGUUGUUCAGAUGUAUCAGACCGUGGUUCUAUAUUGUAUAGCUGUAGUGAAGCAUCAAUGGCUUCUUUUCUACAUUGAGUCUGGCUUCGAUUCAAGUCUGAAGAACUCUUAGGAAGAUUAGAAGAGAUGGGAUGUUCUACUUCGAAGCUGGAAGAUGAAGACGCCGUCCGUCUCUGCCGUGACAGGAAAAACUUCAUCAAGCAAGCUAUCGAGCAUAGGAACCAGUUUGGCUAUGGCCACAUUGCAUACAUAGAAUCGCUGUUGAGAGUCUCCCAGGCUCUCCGCGAUUAUGCUGCGGAUGAUGAGCAUCAUUUCUUCUUGACUGCUUGCAGAAGUAUUCCAUCACAGCCAGCUAGAAGAUUAAGCCCGGAGAUCGUCAUGGUUCCUAAGCAAUCCUUCCCACCACAGCAAAAGCAGUCCGAGAGAAGCACCUCGUUUUUUGCAGUAAACUACAUGAAGGCAGGAUGGAAUCCAUCGAUUUCAGUGGAGCAAUGGCCUGAGACACCGGAAACUGUGAGAACAGAAUACUAUUACCCUACAGGUCAUUAUGGUGUUGAAGGCUAUACUCCCGCAGAGGCUCCAACCACGGACUCAUCAUUCUUCUCCUCAUCAUAUGCAAGACCAAAAUAUCCACCAGCAUCGCCUCAGGCUUCACAAUCGGACAUCUUCUGGAACCCUUUCUCAUCUUUGAACACCGAUUUGUAUGCCUAUGGAAACAGUUCUGAAGAUGUUCUGCUCGAUGAAGAUGCUGAUAGGCUAAGGAAGGUCAGACAGGAAGAAGGGAUACCUGACCUGGAAGAAGAAGAAGAAGAUGAUGAUGAUGAUGAGGGAAUUCAGAAUGUACAGAUGAAGGAAGAAGGUUCCAGGAUUCAUCCAAAGCCAACUGCAAAGCUAAUUGCUAGUGAACAAACAGCUGAUGUCAGUAGGAAGAAUGACAAAGUGAAUGAAAUAAAGGAGUACCGAUCACAAGGUGGGCAGAGUACUGAAGUAUCAGAAACUCGAAAUGCAGUAGAACAUGAGGUUAACAAUGGUCCGGAAAUUGUUGGGAAUGGAAAUGGAAAUUAUGGAACACAUGAAACUCCUGGUUUCACUGCAUAUGUAAACAGAAGACCGACGAGCAUGGGAGAGGUCAUGGAGAAUGUUGAGGCCCAAUUUGUCAUACUUUGUGAUUUUGCUAAUGAGCUCUCUUUAAUUCUGGAAGCCAGCAGGGUUCAGCCCUCUUCUUCCCCGCUAGAAUCUUUUAGGAUGUUGAAUCCAGCUGCUUUGCUUCGUUCAGCAUCAUCAUCACGCUCAUCAUCAUCUAGGUUUCUUCAAGUUUCAUCUGGUCGUACUAACGAUGCCUAUGAAAGCAGCAACAAUGACAUAGAGGAAUCUUGUACGGUAUCUCGAAGCCACAAGUCAACAUUAGAGAGAUUAUAUGCAUGGGAGAAGAAGCUAUAUGAGGAAAUAAAGUGUGGGGAACGUGCACGAAUAGAUUAUGAAAAGAAAUGCAUGCAGCUGAGGAUUCAUGAUAUCAAUGGGGAAGAGCCUUUUGUUGUCGAUAAGACUAGAGUAGCUAUAAGAGAUCUCCAAACUCGGCUCAGGGUUUCCAUAAGUUCUGUCGAGUACAUAUCGAAAAGAAUUGAGGCAUUACGGGACCAGGAAUUGCACCCGCAGGUUAUGGAGUUGAUCCAAGGGUUAGCAAGGAUGUGGAGGACCAUGGCAGAGUGCCAUCGGUGUCAAAAGCGCACGGUAGACGAGGCCAAGCUCCUGCUGUUCUCGCCCUCCACCGCCGCCGUACCCGUCGGCGUACCGCUGCCGAGGGCCUCUCGCGUCGCCGCUGCGCUCGAGGUGGAGCUCCGGAACUGGACCUCUCGCCUCGCGGCCUGGGUCCAGGCCCAGCGGUGCUACGCCCGCGCCCUCGCCGGUUGGAUCCGCCGGUGCGCCCCGCCGACCCUUGACGCCACGGCCCCGACCCCCAGUCGCUCCGGCGGCGGACCGGCUCCACCGGUCUACACCGCCUGCGUGCGGUGGUCGCGGCUAAUGGAUUCGGUGAGCGAGGCGGCGGCGAUCGAGGGGCUGGAGAUGUUCGUGGCGGGGGUGGCGUCGAUGGUGGCCGGGCAUAAGCGGGAGGAGGAGGAGGUUGAGGAUCCUAGGCGGGCGGCGGAGCUGGGGCCGAAGGUGGUGUGCGCGGGGCUGGCGGUGUCUGUGGGAGCGUUGGCCGACUUAGCCGCGAACUCCGCGGAAGGGUACGAGGAGCUGGUGAGGACGCUGCCCUCCGGUUGACUUACGAAUCGUUGUUUGACUCGCCCCAUCAUCACUUGGGGUCGCCUCCACGUGUUCGAUAACUCAUGACGGAAAUAGAAUGUAUACACAAUCAUUCA